AUGCGCAAUUGUACUGUGGCGCCUGUAUCAUCCAGAAUCACAUACGGUUACCUACCCAUCAUAUUCAUGUCAGAAUGGAACGGUCAAUUUUUUGAGCGUGUUUCAUUGAAAAGCAUGGGCCUUCGCGUACAGCUGGGUCACGCAAUCGGCGAGUGGUGCAUUCUUCCCAGAAAGGCAUUCAACGACGAUUUUGUUCUCGUCGAUGCCAAUGGUAUUCAUGAAAUUGGGCUGGACUUCUGUGGCUGCACGACCUCCCAGACACAUACUAGGCAACUACUGCGUGCUGGUUGGUUUCCAUCGACUUCUACUAAUCCACGAACAGCCGCAACAUUCCGUGUUCUUCAUCAAUACCAUAUUCUGUCUUUUGAGUCAAAGGCUUCCGCAUAUGAGUUUUAUCACUCGCUGGAUCGUUAUGAAUCUUUCAUGCGCAUGGUCUGUGAAUGGCGUCACUUGGUGAUGUUAAAGCACUCAGGACGUGGCCAUGAUCCAAGUGGUGUGGCGGGUACUUCGGAGGGUCAGUGUGCUGUGUUAUGUCCUGCAUGUCCGCAGCCUGGGAAAAAUCUCCUGGACAAUUGGCAAGAUGCUCCAAAGGCCAAAGGUUGGCUAUAUGGACUUUUUCUGGCGAUUGAUGCCAACUUUCGUCUGAAAAGACGUGUGGUAUCGUCCGAUGAGAUUGAUCCCAGCCUUUCACAAGGUUGGGCUUAUUUUGUAGAGGAGGCAUCUUACAAGUCUCACAUCUCAGACAGGGCUGAAGAUACACAAGAGAAAAGCACGUGCUCCAGCCACAACGCUGUGAACAUGGCAGACACCAAAUUAUCUCAAGGACUUGUGGCAACAGGAGUAGGUACUGUUGAUUGUGCACGUCAUAAUAUGAAGCGUCCCAAUGGAGUUGGCGACCUUCAAAAGGGAGAAAAGUAUCUGAACAUGGAUUAUCUGUUUUUCUCUACACUACAACACUCCACGGUAGAUGUCUUGAAUGUGUCAUAUGACAUCGCUUGUCAAUGGCACAAGCAUCUUUGGUCACGCAUGCUGUCUUUGCCACCUUCCCACCACUUGAACUAUCUUACGAGGACGAUCCGCUUCUUUGUGCCCAAGUUCCAUCUCCCUGCGCACGUCUCCAAGUGCCAAACAAUUUUUUCAUUCAACUUUACUCGCUUUGUCGGGCGCACAGAUGGCGAGGCACCAGAGAGAGGAUGGUCCAAUAUCAAUCCUGUAGCUUCAAGCACGAAGGGUAUGGGUCCAGGCUGUCGUCGAGACACACUAGACGAUCAUUUCGGCGACUGGAACUGGAAAAAAGUAGUUGGACUUGCCCAGACAGAAAAGGCCGAGCAUGGUGCUGCCUUCGAGGAGUUUGAUAGUGUCAUCACGUCUGAAAAUCGCGUGGCCUGGAAGGUUGAAAUGGAGGCAUGGGAGGAAAAUCCAAACGAUACGACGGUUUCCAACCCGUUACAGCUGAAAGGCAUUGCGAUUACACAAGCAAGUGCACGCUUGAACUUAGCCCAGCUCGAGGCUGAGGAUCUCGAACGUGGUGUAGAUCUUUCACUUCACCCUGAUGUAUCGCCAAGUGUACUCAUCGCAUCAGGCAUUGACCUUGAAGAAGAACAGCGGCGCUUGAAGGCCAUAGCCGACAACAUGGGUAUUUAUGCCACGGAUACACAGAAGUUGAGUAUCCUCCGCAUGAGGAUGUCUCUUCAUCGAAAGACCGAAUCUUGGAGGCGGACCCAGCUUCUAUAUGUACCAUCGGUGCAAGUACUCGUCAACAUGUCAGCAACCAGUGCUCUUGAAAAUGCUGAGCUUAUGAAGCUGUGGCUCCUGUCCGCAUUGAAUGGUAAUGCUUGUGAUUUGCACCUCCAACACAUCGAGUGGGAAUUGCGAUUCGCGCAAGCUCACGACGCUUUAGAAGAGCUUAGGCAGUGCCUCCAUGUACACUGCUCCCUCUUGAAUUUCAAGAGGGAAUGGAUUCGGGGCCAAGGGGCCAAUACUCGGGCUCAAAACGCGCUCGCAUGUAUACAUGCUAGGCAGGCAGCGUGCGUGAAGCGCUAUAGGACUGCAUGGGGGGCUCUCAAAUCUCUCGCACAGAUUCUGAAGAAGGACCUCUCUGAUGACGACGUGAAGCCACUCAUCGACCCAUUUGCCACUCAGGGAGAGGGAAGGCGAAGACUGACGUGGAUUUGGAUGAUGGACAGUGUGGACAAUUGCGCAGAUGGUGGGGACGUUGAUGGUGUUCGUGUUGAAUGGUGCAAAUCCCGUGCCAGGGCGCUUUGCUGGGCUGAAGAAGUGGACCUUCUCCAGGAGGAGAUGCACCGGGUUUUGCUAUUUUUCAAUUGGCAGGCAAAUUGGUGGGAAGGACAGGGAGUCCUCCAGGCUGUUGCCCGGGAUGAAGGCUUGCGCGCUUAUGCGUCUAGGCAAGCCAAUAUUCGCCGUCGCCUCGCUGCCCAUUUUGACCGCAUAUGGGCCCCAUUCACUUCUCCUCAAGACAUACUGGGCAAUCCGACUGCCAUGCUCCCGUUACCUGAUUUAACAAUCCCUGAUAUGCCCUGA